ACACUUGUCACCCUGUGUUAUAGUCUACAACAUUUCUCUACACAAUUUGAUGUGAAACAAACAGAGCUCUUUGCUGUCACUGAAUGACAUUCCAUACUGCUGUUAUUUACCAGCCGCGUUUUUUGUUAUAAUUUUGUGAGAUUUGUUGCGGAUUUUCUGUUUUUCUCUGCGUAGUUCAACAAAGGCUAUAUAACUCACAAAAAUGUCGCGUCCUACAAACUUUUUAGAGGCUGAUUCAAGUUUAAUUGAAAAUAAUCUGUUAAUUGUCAAAAACGAGGCGGAAGAGGAGUUAAAUCAAUAUUUUGGUGGCGUUCAAGCUGGUGGCGAAUCGCGUAAAGAAUCUUUAGCACCGCCGCGCGAUUACAAGGUUGUGCAACCUAAACCAGAAUUGGAUAAAAAACUGAAAAUUACAAAUGGACAGCAAUUUGAACUUCUAGUAGCUGAGAUAGAGAAAAAUCCCAGUAUGGUAAAGGGAUGUCAAAGAGGAGUGAAUCCAACCGCUUUUAAUCAGCAAUGGGAGGAUAUUACUAAUUUAUUGAAUGCUCAUGGACCACCUCUGAGGGAUAGUGAUGGUUGGCAAAGGGUGUGGAGAGACUUAAAAUUUAAGGUUAAAAAGAAAUUUGUCAAAUAUAAGCUGGAAUGCAGUACAAGAGGUGGCAGAAGAAAAGGGAAAUUGCUACUUAAUCCACUGGAUGAGGCUGUAGCAAAUUUGCUACAAAUUGAUAAACUUAUAAAUCCGCUAGGUGUUGUGCAAGGAGUUGAAACUGCUGGGCGGGAGUUUGAAACUUUUGAGAAUGCUGAGCAAGAAGCCGAAAGUGCGCUUCAGCUGGAUCCAUUGGGUGAAACGUCAAAUAAUGAAGAUGAUGGUACACGCUCACCAGACAUGCCACUAUUCGAUGAUGAAGAACCAACAACUUCAGCAGAUGCACAACGUGAACUUGCAGCAGCAGCAGAACCCGCCAGAAGGAAGCGAAAAAAUGGCAUGAAAUAUAAUCUGUUGCAAGAGCAUACAAAUAUGCAAGAAACUAUUCUGACGAAUAUAGCAACUACAUUGAAGACAGUGAAAAAUGUUGUCAAAGAAUCUGCGCGAUAUCAGCGAAAACUUGUAGAAUUAGAAGAGGAAAAACUUGAACUACUGAAAAGAAGGGAUCGUAGAGAACAAGAACUUUAUGAAAGUGUAUGCAUCAAAAGUUUCAAAACCAACACCAAUGAGAAAUUUUUCAUUAAUGUCUGCCAAACGGAUGAGAUACCGGCACCGGAAGACAUUACCGAAGAGCAAUUGGCCGACAUUUUGCAAUCGGAGGCGCCAAGCUCAUUUCGUAUACCCAUGAGUAUAUCCGAUCCGCGCGUCACCAAGGAUAAAUCAAAUAACUCUGUGGAUGUUUGCGAUAUUGCCAUCAAUCCAAAGUUUUUCGUUAAAGUUCAGAAAUCAAUGUUGUUUAAGGAUUUUUUCCUAGCACUGAUUGCUGAGGCCUUAAAUGACAAGUACAAUGUGCAAAUAAAGAUUGAAAAGUCAAUUAUAUUGCAAAAUCGUAAAGUUAUCGGUACGCUUGUACAGCAUCGCGUACGUAAUAAUGAUGUAAAAACAGUCAUCCAGUCAUACCAACAACCUACCGAGGCUGAUAAGCUGAAACUGGCUGAAAUGGAGCGAGCGGCGACCAGUGGUGAGGAGAUCGGCAGCAAGCGUUCACCAUUGGUGCAAGAGAUUGAUACAAGCGAGGUUGAUGCGUUGAAACGUAAAACGGAAGAAUUGAAAGAGAAUGCCGGUAAGAUUAAGCAGGCCAUAGCAUUGGCUGGAUCUACAGUGCCCGAGUAUAAAUUGCGUGCUAAGUUGUGCAAAGAGGAAGUGGAAGAAUUAUUGGCUGAAUUUUAUCUACCGAAAUGCAUUUCUUCCCAAGAAAUUACUUUGGAUGUUGGCGAGGAUCGCAUUUUAUUGGAGUCAAUGAAGCAUGGCUAUAUGUUUGAUAAAUUUGUUAACUAUCGUUUGAAGCAAGAGCGCGUGCGCGCUAUAUUCGAUAAAACCAAUAAGAUGCUGCAAGUGCGUAUUCCUGUCUAUCCGGUACAAUAAAAAAUAAAAACUCUUUUGUUAUAUAUUUUUGAUGAGUUCAACUCGAUUGUAAUUCUUAUUCAGUUAAUAAAUUUGGUGGGAAAGUAUUUUUGUGUUGUCACGCCCUCUCGCUACA